AUGGUUGACUCCUAUGGAAGACUAACACCAUUGGUGUAUGCUGCAAAACAUAACAAUAUAAACCUACUGAAUGACAUCCUUGAUGUUUUCACCAAGAUCAAAACUGCUGACUUUAUGCCUAACAUUGAGGAAACAUGUGCUGAGUUUGUGGAACGUAUUGCUGAACUCUGUGACCAGUAUGGACUGUCAGUUGGAGAAAUUUACAAUGUUCAUGUGUUUGAAAGCAUAUGGAGAUCAACUGAAGGAAAGGGGGAUCUGGAAGAGCGACUACAUAAGUUUGAGCUUGAGAAGACAAGACUUGAGGCUGAUUUGAAAGCUGAGAAAGAGAAAAAUGAAAGACUGGAGAGAGAAUAUCAAGACUCUAACCAGGUGCGAAACACAAUGGAAGCUUUGCUCUCAAAUCUCAAAACCUCUACAAUACACAUGGAGGACAAACUCAACGAAGAAACUGCUCAUCGUACACUUUUUGAAAGGGAAGCUGAAGAUUCCAAAGCAUUAUGGGAAAGUGAAGUGAAAUCAAGAUCUAAGUUAGGUUUGCGGAUUGCCCAACUUGAAAGGGAGAAGAUUGAAGUGCAGGGCAAUGUUGAUGAAGAACGUAGAAAGGCACGCAAAGCAGCAGAGUUGAAAAGGGUAGCUGAGGUUCGCUACCAGGGUGAAUCUGAGAGGGUUAUUGAGUUGGAGAGGCAGGUGGCCACCUUAAAGGCACAUUUGAAGGCAGCCCGUAAACGCCUUAAGGAUCUUGACAAUAGCGACUCGCGUGUUAAUUCACUGAGACGAGAGUUUGAUAGCGAACGUUCUGCAUUAGAAGCAACAAUUGGGGCACUUCGAAGACAGUUGGAUGACUGCCGUGGCCAGUUGGACUUGGAGAUUGAGAGAAAGGAUAAGUUAGAGGCAACUUGUAGGGCUCAGCAGGCAGAGUUGAACUCUCUCAGCUCUUUAGAAAAAACUGCUCUGAAACAAGAGAAAGCCAGAAGACGAAUAGAAGAUGAAUUCAAUCUGUAUAAGUCCCAUGUGCAGAACAACUACAUAGAUCGUGGAGAGCUAGCCAGGAAGGAGAAUGAAAUCAAACUACGUACUCAGGCCCAAAUACAGGAUCAACUAACUAAGGUGAAUCACUUGCUGGAUGAGCAGGCCUCCAAGCAAGAGAACAUUUACUCAAUGCACAGUAAUGAGAAAUCUCAACUUAAGGAAUCAUUUGAAAAAUCAAGAAAUGAAUUAAUGGAAGAGCUGGCUAGAAUGCGACAGAAUUAUGACUCAGUUGUGACGCAACAGGAAGUGAAAGAUCUAGAAAUGUCACGCAUGAAGGACCAGUUCGACAAUGAAAUCAAAUUCCGAGAAAAGUUAAGCGACAGAUUACAGUCAGCAAAUGAUGUUGCUGCAAUGUCUAAAGCAGAACUCAUGUUGGAACGUCAAAAGUUACGCAUUUUAGCUAACACAGGUGGCGCUACUAGUCCCCAGGCAGCUUGGGCCGACUCUCCACUCGCUUCCAAGAAACCUAGUCACGGUCUUAAUGACUCACUCUCAUACAAAAUAAAGACUGAGCUGGAUAAAAGUAUCGCAAAGCAUUUAGAAAGAGGUCCUCACUUAAAUCUAAGUACCAUCGCCCGCAGUGUAGACGAUAGUAUCCUCAACAAAUCUCAAGACAAAUCCUCCAUGGACUACAUGUCAACUUUGAAGCGCAACUAUUUCGUUUAAAUCAGUUACUCGUUUAUAGACACUCUAUGCAAAUGUGAUAGUUUGCAGCAGUAUAUAUGUUCAAUGUUCAGUACAGAAAUCCAUCAACUGGCUUGAAGUAUGAUGGUUUAAACAAUAUUAUUAUUUAAAGUUAUGCAAACAUUUAAAGUUUUACACUGUAGGUAGACAACAUUAUAUACCAUACCACCUCAUUCAAUGUUGAAUGUUACAAAAAUGAAAUCAAUUUUGUUUUAUUGAUUGUAUCGUAUUUUAGCUCUUAGAUAGCAACACUCGAGAAGGCAUGGAAACGUUCUUUUUGGGUGGUGAAGAAGAAAAAAAAUUGCCAAUUUAAACAUCAUAAUCAAAUUUAUUGAACUCAUAAUAGUUCAGACCAUGUUCUACUCAUACAUUAUUUUUUAUGGAAUGUACCAUUGACUGAUUUUAAUAGGAUUUAACUGAACUGAAUUUAGGUAGGCCAAGUAUAUUGUAUUAUCCUACUGCACUACAACUACACUACACUACUACCCAACUUUAACCCAUGGCUUAGUAAACUGACAUCUUAUUCAAUGUGUCAGAUGUCAAAGUUAUUCCACUCUGUACUC